GUUCUUGGGCGCGACGAGGCGGAGAACUUCUGCCUGCUCGCCACCGCCUGCGCGGAGGCUGUGCGAGAGCAGCCGACAGUGGUGUGCGUGCCAGCGCCCUGCAAGGUUUUUGGCGACGUGCACGGGCAGCUUCGCUCGUUGCUGCUCCUCUUCUCCGUGUAUGGCUUCCCCAGCCACGGCAUCGGCGACGUGCAGUCCAUCACGUACGUCUUCAACGGCGACUUUGUCGAUCGCGGCCCGCACCAGCUGGAGGUCGUCGCCCUGCUGUUUGCCCUCAAGAUCGUCUACCCGGAGCGCGUCUUCCUCAUCCGCGGCAACCACGAGUUUCGCAGCGUCAACGAAAACUUGGGCGCCUGCGGUUUCAAGGCGCAUUGCAAAUCGCGCUUUCCCGCGCCGUUCGGCUGGAAGCUCUACGACACUUCCCACCAGACCUUUGAGCUCCUUCCGCUGGCGGCGUGGCUGGGCCACGCCGUGAUGGUGAUGCACGGCGGCGUGGGCGACGGCAGCUGGGACAUCCACGACCUCGCCCACGUUGAGCGGCCCCUGAGGGAGCUCGAGGUGCGCGACGACGCGCUGGCCGAGAGCGUCGUCGCGCGGGCCGCCUUCCACGCCGUCUGGAGCGACCCAAGCGACUCGGACCACUUCAUGCGGAGGGGCGUCCACCAGAGCGGGCGCGGAGAGCACGUCCCUGAGUUUGGACCCGACGUGACGAUCGACUUUUGCAGGCGUAACGACAUCAAGGUUGUGAUCCGGUCGCACCAGUUUGUCAAGGAGGGCUUCAAGGUGAUGCACGCCGGCCAUCUCAUCACCGUCUUCUCGGCGCGAGACUACUUUGUUGAUGUCGACAACGCGGCUCAAGAGAAGGGCAACGACGCCGCGAUGCUC